AAACGAUUUUCGUGAAAACGUCAUAUCGUGAGAAAAAGAGAGUUCAUAAACUGUGUAUGACAGAAAGAAAAUUGUUUAAUGUAUAAAUUGAUAAAUUAAUCACACAAAGUUGUUGUUACGUUUAUUCUUUUGCAAUCGUCGAGAUAUUCUGUAAAAAGUACAAUGUCUGGUCAUCAGUACGUUCCGAAUCCGUCGAACCUCUUCGCGGACGAUGACGAGAUAGAUGAUGAACUGUUCCUUCGCAAUGCUAGGCGGACUGGUGGAAGCAGCAGCGCAAGCGAUGCAACAACGGACCAAGGUUACAAGUACGAUCAAUUCCAGAAGAGUUUCUUGUCACAAAAUUACGAUACAGCCGAGGAGGAAAAGUAUGGAUCCACUAUGAUGCCAGGAGCGUCGAUGCAUGGAGGUGCUGGUGUCUACGGAGAGUUGGACUCGGAUAUGGACGACGAAAUAGUUAGACAAAGACAAACAUUCGAACAAAGGCGAAGAGAAUUGGAGGAAAGCACACUGCUUACUUCCCAGCGUUGCUUGGGUGUGCUCAGAGAGACGGAACAAGUAGGAAUUGCCACUGCUGAGGAGUUACAUCGCCAGCGGGAGCAACUGGAAAAAACUAAAAAGCAACUUGAUGAAAUCAAUAACUCCCUUAGAUUUAGCCAGAAGCAUCUCAACAGCCUGAAAAGUGUUUUCGGAGGUUUGAAAAAUUAUCUCUCCGGAAGGAUGGGACCAGAUCAGCAACAGAGUAGUUCUAUAGGAAUAGCACGAACAAACAUAUCGCCAUCGCCAUCGGAGGAAAUAUAUCCUAAUCCACAAGAUUUUAGAAUUCCUUCAGAAUAUUGGCCUGAUGCAACCCGAGGGCGACCAGAUUAUCACAAUCAGGCGCAGGAUCUAUCACAUAUGAACGGAGGACCUAGCACUGGAGGAAAUUUUAGUCAUGAGCUAGAUCAGAACCUAGAUGAUAUGCGAGGUAAUUUGUCACGACUUAAAAAUCUUGCAUUGGAUUUGAAUCAGGAAAUUGAUAGCCAAAAUGAUCUCAUUGAUGAUAUUUCCAAUCGUGUAGAUGAUGUCGAUGUAAAAAUUGGCAAACAAAAUAAAGACAUGAAUCGGCUACUGCGGAAAUGAACCUUGAACUCAAUAACAAGAGCACAUCGACAAACAAAGAUAUUCCUCCGCGAUACUUUGCCUUCGCAUUAAUCGGAGCGUAGCAAACAAACAAAAGCUCUGAAAAUAUUAUUUUGAAACGAAAUUGUUUGUAAGGUUUAUAUCUUUUGUAUAUUCUUCCCUCGUUUUCGAAUAGUAUUUUAUCUAUACCUGCUCUAAGCGUAAAUUAUACCGAAUAAGAUUUCUAAAUGAUACACUUUUUAUCUGAACUUGUUGGAUUGAAUAGUCAGAUCGGAAACAGCACUAUCUCCGAUGUUUAUCCAAUAUUUCUGAAUGUUCGAUCGUCCGUGUCCUCGUUUUUUGCAAUCUAAAGUAUAAAAAAUAGAUAUUUUGCCGAUCGCAAAGUGCUAGACUACAAAAAUAGUUCGAAAUAUUCCUCCCUAUCAUCGUAAUAUGCGCAUUAUGUGCAACUUAAAAGUGUCUGCGGCAUGAAAUCAUGAUAAGAAACUAAACGGAACACAGAAGAAAAAAACACAAAUUGUUAUAGAUAUAAAGACGAUUCAUUGUUUACGUUAUUCCACACCUCAUUAAGAACAUUAUGAAACAUAAAUGAACCAUGAAAAAGUAUUGAAAAUAAGUCAAAGUAUGUAUUGAAAACUAUUGAAUAAAUAUGAAUCGUAACAAUAAAUCAAGUUAUAAAUAAAGAAGUGGAGGAAGCAAAAAAAAAACAUCGUUAUGGUGGAAGUUUAUAAUCUCGAGGUAAAUAAAUUAUCAUUAAAUGGUUAUUAUCAUGAAAUGGUUAUAAAUAAAGGAUACGAUAAUCGGUAAUAUCAUACAGAAACAUACAUUUUUGUAGUUUUU